AGAAAGAGCUUCAUAGAGGCGCAUAGAGAGAGAGAGGGAGAGAGAGAGAGAGACAUGGAUGAGGACCCGAAAGGGAAGGACACGCCGUCCUCGUCGUCGCAGAUGGAGGUCCGGUACCGAGGCGUGCGCAAGCGGCCGUGGGGGAAGUUCGCUGCAGAGAUCCGGGACUCAGCCCGCCAUGGGGCCCGCGUGUGGCUCGGGACUUUCAACACCGCCGAGGAGGCGGCCAGGGCCUACGAUCGGGCCGCGUACAACAUGAGGGGCCAGACAGCAAUCCUCAACUUCCCCCACGAGUACCCUUCGUCGCCAAACCCCGCUUCCUCCUCCUCCUCCUCUUCUUCUUCUUCUUCUUCGGCACAGAGGGCAGCGGAGGAGAGGCAGCCGGGGGGCAGCGAGCGGGGCAGGCCGGUGUUUGAGUUCGAGUGCUACGACGACAAGUUGCUCGAGGAGCUUCUUGAGUACGAGGAGAAGGACAAGAAGUGAGGGAAGGGUGUGUGCUGUUUCCAAAUUUUCUUUGUGCUGUUGAGACUUGAGAGAUAAGUGUCGCAUCCUUUCCUUCCAGGAAAAAUCUGCAUGAUUGGAUGUGAAAGAUAAACGAAAAUCAUAUGUUCUUGAUUAUGUAUCUACGUGUUGUUUUAUUUUUUUUUUCCCUCUAUUUUUUCUCCUUUUCUUUUUCCUUUUUGAGUCCGAAAGAUCACAGAUUGAAUGCUUAGGUGUUACCUUCUAGAGAAGUAAGAUCGCUUCGUCGGACUUCUCUCAUGUC